AUGUACUACCACUCCCUACUCCCCCUCGCACUCUGCACAGCCUAUGCCUCUCCCUAUGUCUCGGCGCGCGCACUCUAUUCAGGACCCGAGGAUCUCUUCGCUUUCCCGAAGCAUCGCGUGACAUUCCUCAACGACUUGCCCGUCAAGAAUGAAACUGCACACCGCUGGCUUCACCAAGGUCUCCAGGGAGGAGAACGCGAGUUUCUUGGCGAGCAUUGGCAGCCAGACUCUUGGCGACCUCAUACUCUCUUCAAGAAGAUAGCGGCGGGUGACGCGCAGCAUUCAGACCUCCAGCCCGAGUUUGACGCUGACGACCUUUCUCCAUUUCAUCUGGAGCAUAUCAAGAUGGGCCCAAAUAACUCCUUCCUUUGUCUCAUACCUCCAGGGCCGGAGAUCGUCUCCCCUUCGCCGCCACCCCUACAAUUUGAUGAACAUGCAACACUUUCACAUAGUUGGUCGCUGCUACAGCCUUUAUCCGGAAGAUGUCUCUAUUACCGGCACAUGUGGUUCACAUACUCCUACUGCCACAAUCAGGAAAUCCGACAGUUCCGUGAGCUUCCCCAGGCUCACCCUCACCUCGCAGGUGGCGGCCAUGAACCCAGAGAAGAUCCUUCUUGGGAAUCGUUUACCCUUGGUCGUGCCCCUGCCGCCGUUCAACAAAUCAAGGAUGUAGCGAUCGCUGAACAACCUAUCAACGUAAAACUCGCUCACGGCGAAGGGCCCACCUACCUGACCCAACGUUACAGUGACGGUACGCUAUGCGACAAGACAGGAAAACCUAGAGAGGUUGAAGUGCAGUUCCGAUGCUCGCCAAGCCUUAUAGAUUCAAUCGCAUAUGUACGAGAAGCAAGGACAUGUUCAUAUGUUCUUGAAGUACAGACGCCGCGUCUCUGUGAUGAGCCUGGCUUUAUGUCUCGCACCGAUUCCCAAGACGAGUCGCUGAUACAGUGCCGCGAGAUCGUUGAAAAACCCUACGUUGCUGGCUCACCCUCCGACUCGACACAUCUCGAGGAAGCCAGCAGUUCCAACGCUCGGGAAGUCGAUUUUGAUCACCCUCACCACAUGGGACGUCGAAAGGCCAUGUUUCCAGUGCCUCCUCCUGUGGCUAGCGCUAGAGACGCUGGCGGAAAUUUUAAAGAUUCAAGUCUUGAGAAUGUGCUUCAGAAGGCCUUCCAGUCUCUGUUGGCCAACGGUGAACUGCAGAGCAUGAUGGAGAACCAGCCGCGCAUCGUCAUCGAGCAAGGAGACAACGGCGACCUCAUCAUCGAGAUUGUGGAGGAGAUACCAUACGACAGCUUUGAUGAGAACAUGGACGCGCCCGCAGUCAACGAGGAAGAGUUGGACCUUCUCACUGAAGUACUCCGGCAGGCUGCUCUAAAGCACCAAACUGAACCCACAUCUGGCGACGAAGAUGACGAGGAAAACGAGGACGACGACUAUUUCAUGAGGGAUGAGCUAUAA